GCUUCUAUGACCGUUCCUGUGUACAUCGCAGAAGUUUCCCCUCCACAGCUGAGAGGCCAGCUGGUCACCAUGAACUCCCUUUUCAUUACCGGAGGUCAGUUCAUCGCCAGCGUGGUGGAUGGAGCUUUCAGCUACCUGAGUCACGAUGGAUGGAGGUACAUGCUGGGCCUGUCCGUCCUUCCUGCCGUGCUGCAGUUCUUCGGCUUCAUCUUCCUCCCAGAGAGCCCCCGCUGGCUCCUGCAAAAAGGCCGGCAUCAGGAGGCUCGUCAAGUCCUGGGCCGGAUCCGGGGGGAGCAGAAUAUCGAGGAGGAGUACAACGCCAUCAGGGACGGCAUCGAGGAAGAGGAGAAGGAAUCGGGAUCAGGAGGCGUGGUCAUUUUACGCAUCCUCAGCUACGGCCCAACUCGCAGGGCGCUCAUCGUCGGUUGUGGUCUGCAGAUGUUUCAGCAGAUAUCUGGGAUUAACACAGUGAUGUACUACAGCGCCACCAUUCUGCAGAUGGCAGGAGUACGGGAAGACAAACAGGCGAUCUGGCUGGCUGCAGCAACUUCAGCAACCAACUUUGCUUUCACAUUAGUGGGGGUAUGGCUGGUGGAGAGAGUCAGUCGCCGGAAACUGACCCUGGGCAGUCUUCUAGGUACCGGACUGAGUCUGACGGUGCUGGCAGUCGGAUUCCUGCUUUCAGCCCAAAACUCUCCUCCUGUUACCCUCCAUCCUGUCGACUCUGGGAAUUCAACCUGCAGGCUUUAUGGGUCCUGUGAUCCUUGCAUGCUGGAUCCAGGCUGUGGAUUUUGUUACCUUGACAACGGCAAUGGAGCGUUCAACUCUUCCUGCGUCCCUGUUAAUCCAGCAUCUACUGACAAUGCGGCGUGGGGAAGAUGUUUUAACAAGACGGAAGAAUCCGGCGGACUAUUCUGGGCUUAUAAUUACUGUCCUACACCAUACUCCUGGAUUGUCCUUUUGGGCCUCAUCCUCUACCUCGCAUCGUUUGCUCCAGGUAUGGGCACAAUGCCCUGGACUGUGAACUCGGAGAUCUACCCCCUGUGGGCACGCAGCACUGGAAACGCCUGCUCCGCUGGUGUUAACUGGAUCUUCAAUGUCCUUGUGUCUUUGACAUUUCUUCAUGUUGCAGAGUAUCUGACCUAUUAUGGUGCGUUCUUCCUCUACGCUGGCCUGACGGUGCUCGGCCUCCUCUUCAUCUUUAGCUGCCUUCCAGAAACAAAGGGUUUACAGCUGGAGGACAUAGAGAACCUGUUCACCAGGCAGCUGUGCUCUUGCGGGGACCUGCCGACCAACACCAGUCGCCACGUCCAAUACAUCCGGCAUUCUCCAGAUUUCAGCGCGGCACACUAUGGAGCAGUGGACUCUGACUGUGCCAUAGCCUAUAUCUCUGUAAGUACAGCCUCAAGGUGAAGGCCUUCUGUAAACAAUGCCAAAUCCCACCUUCUAACGUCCAAUCAUAUGUCCUUGUUCUUGCAGCUCAGAUAAGCGAGGUCAAGCAACCCUGAUUAAACAGAAGUCUUUUUUUACGCAAAGCCCUUUUUUUGCACUUGUUCACUUUGAUAUGUGCCUGUUUUACUUCAUGGUACUGUGGGCCCUUUGAAAUUUACCAUUAUAAUGUUUCUCAUGUUGGGAUUUUAUAUAUCCAUUACAGGCCUUGCAGUGUUUGCAAAUUAGUGUCUGUAUAUGUUUAUGGUGACGGUUGUUAUCUUGUUUUCUAAUGCUGUUCAGGUCAUCAGGCAUUCCUUUAAACACUCUACAAUGUACAACUAAUCAAAUCAUUCCAAGUGCAAAAUAAAAAUGUUUUACU